AUGAAUCCCAAAUCAGAUCAUAAGCCUAUUCUUGAAGAGCUGAAAAAGAAGCUCAGCUCCCGUGUCAAAGGCAUUCGCCGACUAGCGGACCGGCUGGAGUGCAGACUCGACGUACUGAAAGCAACUAUAGCCAAGGCAAGCCAAGUUCAAGAAUCAAUCGAAGAAAUAGAUAGUGACGAUGACUUUGGAGCCGAGUUGGAAGAACUCUCGAUUGUAACCAAGGCAAGGAUAAUGUCGCUUAUCGACGCCUUGAAGACAGCCAGUGAUACAAUACCUUCAGUAUCAGCUUCUGUAGCCCCAACUCGUGCUCGACUGCCGAAGUUAGCCCUGCCAAAGUUCAGCGGAAAAUAUUCGGAAUUCAAAGGCUUCAUUACUUUAUUUGAGACUCUUGUUCACAAUGACGAAAGCAUUCCAGUUAUCGAAAAGUUUAACCAUUUGCUUAAAACGGGUCUAUGA